CUCUAGUAUGUCUUGUCCAAACAGAUUCUAAUUUGGCAAAGAUGCAUUCCCCCGUCUAAAAAAAAACCCCCUCAAAUCAAGUCUUUUUUUAUGGAGGGUUGAAUUGUUCCAUUUAUCUUUCAUUUUUUUCAUUAAUUUUUUCAGAUGUAAUAUUGUACUCUAUGUUCAGGUAACAAGUUUCGUGUUUUUACAUAUAUAUCGAUGUACAACUAACAGUAUUAUAUAUGAUUAACCUAUUUUACUUGGGUGUUGCUUGUUAGUCUGCUGCUAACAUACAAAAGCAAUUAAAUGUGUAGUAACUGAAAAGGUGGUGAGUCAUGGGAUAGAGGAUAUGUGGCACACAAACUAUAUAGUAGCAUACAAAAUUAAUAAAGUAUUAACAUACAAAGCUUGUUAGCUAUCUGCUAACAUAUAAGAGUAAUAAAGUAGCAAGUACGUGGAGUAUAAGUUAUAUAGCUAGGACCACAAUAAACAUUACAUGAUCUAUACAUGGCAAUGCAUGUGAACCAUGCACUUACUGCAAGCGGCAAUCCAGAGUAUAUGCGUGGACAACCUUGGUAUUAGGUAGCUAAUUACCAAAAUAAGAUAGCUGCUUGCGUUACACAAUUUACAAAAGACAUGCUAGAAUUUAAAGUAAAAUACAAAGAGGUCUAGCAGGAAAGGAGCCGAAAGUUUGCUUAGUUUGCUAGCAAGGGAUCAAGUACUUAUCUACCAUUCCAUUGACCCAUGCAUAUGUUAAUUAGUAUUGGCUGGAAGCAAGCUAGUAUAUAUAGUAUUAGCAUGCCUUGACGAUGAACGCCUAUAUUAAAGUAAAUAAAAGCAAAACAAAUUCCUCCAUACAUCAUGCAUGCAUCUAGAGCUAACUGUCCAUCGAUCAUCUAGCUAGCUUAGAGAUAGAUCAGUAUGGCACGUCAAUUCAGCAUAAAGAUACAUCUGUAUGGUAUAUGAGAAGACAAACAUAUGGCUGUAUAUAUGGUUCAAUUAACAAGCAAAUCAAGAUAAAACAAAACUACAUUGCUUUAUUUUGGUUGUCUUUAGCAGAGAGUAGUGUGGAAUGCAAGGUUUGGCCUUGUGAGCCCCACAGAUAUUAAAGCUACCCGUUUCAUUGAAAAAGAUACACGCAAAUCAAACCCACAAGAAACUAAUAAACUUUUUUCUUUCUUCAAAUCUCUUUUGUUUUCCUUCUCAACAUUAUAGAUGUCUAGAGAAAUCUGACCCUUUUGGGCCUAUAUAAACCAUCCUACCUUGCCUAGCAUGUUCAUCCUCACAUCAUAUUGUGUUCAUCCUCAUACCACCAACCAAUUAGUGCCAGUAGCACAUUUCUGCAGUUGUAGUUCAAGUAAGGUAUAUCAUUCAGAGCAACAAAGGGAAGCAAUGAAGCAAACUUUGGAUGUACAUAGAUCGUUGAGGCCACCAAUGCCAAUGGCUCAACAACAAAUGGAUGAAUUUUGGAGGGACCGACAAAAGGAGAUUGAGAUGACAAAGGACUUCAGUGAGCACAUGAUCCCUAUGGCCCGCUUGAAGAAGAUCGUAUCUUCUCAAAAGGGUAACAUGAUGAUGACCUUUGACAUGCCAGCGUUCUUAUCAAAGAUGUGUGAGCUCUUUGUACAAGAACUUGCUGCGCGUGCAUGGGCAUGUGCCCAAUCUCAUAACCGAUGCAUCAUACUAGACAUGGAUAUUGCUGAAGCCGUAGCCUCUACUGAGUCUUAUGACUUUCUUGUUGAUAUCCUCCACAAUCACAGUGUGAAGCAAAAAUCCACUCCUUGUUCUUCCACCAAGCGUUGUAGGUUAGUUGAUCAACCUUCUACAUCUCACAUUCCCCACCAACAUCUGCUGCCACAGUUUGCUCCUACAUAUACUUUGGCCAUCCCUAUUACUCCUAGUUUAAUGCCAUUAAUUUCUCAAUGCACACCAUCCUCUUUUCCAUCCUUGCCACAAGAAAAGUUCCCAUUGAUGGCACCCACACCCAUUGUGAAUAGAUCAAUGUUGUUUAUCAAUAAUAUAGCAAGGGGUCUGGGCUUACAAGGAAACAAUAUCAAUGCAGUUGCCAACAAUAAUAUCCUAGACAAUAUUGUUGGUUGUAGUAGCCCUGCGGUUCUUGCAAGUAUGAUGAAUCCUGCUUUACUUGGGCCUUCAGGGGCACCACUAAAUCCUCCAAACUCCCAAUCCUACAACUGCACAAUGGAUAUAAUUAACUCCAAUGAUGCUUGUGGUUCCAAUAAUAGUAGCGUAAUUGUUGCAAAUCAAGCAAAUAUUGCUCCCUCUGGCCAUUUUUAUCCCAUUGCCCUUCAGUCCUCAUGCUCGACGUUCUUACAUAGUAACAACAAUGACACGAUUACUGCUAUACUGGAGGGUGUAGAUAUUAGCGACAUCAUGCAUGUUACAAGUGAUGUUGAUGCUGCUACAAAGGUUUUUAGUGGCCAAGAAGAACAACAUGAGAAAGAAACUAAUGUUGAGUGGCAUCAUCAAAAUGAGAUAUAUGAAAGUAUUGAUAUAAGAAUCAUCAAUGCUACUACUAGAGAUGGUAAUAAAUGUAGUAUUAGCUGGGAUGAAUUGGGAAUGGCCGAUGAUUCGUUGCUAGAUAAUUUUUUGGAGGAGCUUCAAGUAAGAAAGGAUGAUGUUUCGGACACCAGGAUUGCGUUCAACAAAGACCCAUUCCUUGAUGAUGCUGUCUUGUCAAAUCCAAGCACCAGUAAUGGCAACAAGUAAAUGAGGUGGCAAGUCUUAUUCAUCCCCUUUUGUAACAAUGAAGUUGUAACAUUCCUUCUUGUUUAAUAUACUGUCUUUUGUUUUGAGAGAAAUAAGAGAAUUAGAGAAUUUAUUAUAUGUUACAA